GUUUGAAAGAAAUCCAGCCCAGAGUACAAUUUGAGAGUGUUGGUUUUCCCCGCCUGUUACUUUCAGUUCCUCCUGUCUGUCCGCAGAAAUAAAGGUCUGUGUUUGCGUGAAGAUGUCGGACCCCGAGAACACAACCCAGCCUCUCCUCAGCCCUCCCAGCCAAACAGCCAUCAAUGUAGGAGCAUCAGGACAGAGUGGCCGUCCCACUCGGGCCUAUAAAGUGGCAUUUAUAACCCUGUUGGCCUGUGUGCUGAUUGUGGGCCAGUUUAUGAUCGGCUUCUUCAUGUACCGCCAGAUGAAUGACAUCAAAUCUCUGGAGGAACAGAACAACGGCCUGAAGGCAGAGAUGACGAAGGGAAGAUCUGAUGUUAUGCCUGUGCGGAUGCACAUGCCCAUGAGUGCCUUGCCCGAGCUGAUGGAUGACUCUGUGGAUGAGGAGGCUUCCACUGGAGCCCCAGACAAAACAGUCCCUCAGCAGGCCACCGAGUGCCAGCUGGAGGCUGCUGGUAUGAAGGCCGUGCAGGUGCCAGGUUUCCGCCCUGUCUGUGACUCACGCGGCCUCUACCGGGCCCAGCAAUGCUUUGGGAAGCACUGCUGGUGCGUGAACCCAGUCAACGGGCAAGAGAUCCCUGGAUCCAUGACCAUGGGAACUGCCAGAUGCAGAGCAGCUUCCCUCAUUGGUGGCAUGAGCAGUGUGCUGACUAUGCCUGAUCUUGAUGCCUGAAACUGAGCUGAUGGGAAUCUCCUCCAGUGACCAGCGGCGAUUCAGCUCAUAAUCAUGAUAUUUUACCAUUUUGUCAGCUUAUAAUCUUCAUAUUUGUAGGACUUGAUAAGCUAAUGGAGUUUUAUAUACUACUGAUAAAUUACCAAAUUAUAACUUCUUGCUACCAUCUUAUCAAUUUAUUGCAACUCAUCUGAAAUCAAUAUUAUAUGGACAGCAGUAACUUUUGCUAUUGAUGCUUAUUGAUCAUAUGCUUUCAUCUUUCGGCUUUUAAAGGCUAGUAAAAGUUAAGGAUUUAAAAUACUUUCUUAUUGUUUUACAGACUUAAAAAAGGUUUUAUUCAAAUUUUGUCCCAUGUCAGUUUGAUAAAAGGAACUAAUUUUUGAUGUUGGGAAGUUUGUAAAGAGCAGUGAGUUGAUAAAUAACAGCAUGACAAGCAGCUAGUGUGGGCAGAAGGCAUUAAUACAUAUAAUUUUUGUUUGUUUUGGCAACAUGUAGAUAUAGGACCACCAGGCCUUUAGAUGAAUUUAACCAAAAAUCCUGCAGAUAAACAGUGUGGUCACCUGGAUCAGCGAAUGUUUGGCUAAAGUUAAAAGGAUAAAACUGUUAAAGCAUUGACAUAUUUGGCACAACCAGAAACCAGUUCUGAGACAACUGUUAACUGUAUUUUUUCCAUUUAUUUGAACAACCCAAAUAAACCUUUUGAAGACA